CAGGUCGGGGUUCCAGCGCCGCUCGGACUGAUUCGCCGUCCGCACCAUGAAGAUGCAUUUCUGCAUCCCGGUGUCCCAGCAGCGGCCCGACCGGCUGGGGGGCCGCUACGUGCUGUAUUCCGUGUACCUGGACGGGUUCCUCUUCUGCCGGGUGCGCUACAGCCAGCUGCACCGCUGGAACGAGCAGCUGAAGCGGGUCUUCGGAAAUUGCUUGCCGCCCUUUCCACCAAAGUACUAUCUGGCAAUGACCACCUCUAUGGCCAAUGAGAGGAGAGACCAGUUGGAACAAUACUUACAAACUGUAACUGCAGACCCAGAUGUGUUGAGAAGUGAUGUCUCCAUUGAAUUUUUAAGGCUCGUCCAGCUGAGGACUUUCAACAUUCUGACCCAGAAAGCAUCUCUGGAUGUGUUUCUGCCCGAUGGAAGGAGCAUGAAAGUAGAUAUUCUAACAUCAGAUACUGCCGAAAGAGUCCUAGAGGCUGUGCAAGACAUUAAAAAAGAAUGGGCCAAACCCACACCAGCCCAGAGGGAGGAAUUAGAGGCUCUCCAAAAGGAAGACAAUCAAACAAAGUUUUUAGAGCUGUCCCGGGAUGUCCAGCAUUAUGGAUGCAUGCAACUGGAUCCUUGUACCUGUGACUCUCCAGAACCCGGCUGUGGGGUGGUUCUUUCUGUCGGUAAUAACGCCAUCAGCUGCUGCAUAACCCUGCCUGACAACCAGACCCAGGAAGUCCUUUUCCAGAUGAACAGGGUGAAGUGCUGGCAGGUUACUUUCCUGGGCACUCUGCUGGAUAUGGAUGGGCCUCAGCGAACUCUCAACCAGAACUUAGAGCUCAGAUUUCAGUACAGUGAGGACAGUCGCUGGCAGUGGUUUGUUAUUUACACCAAGCAGGCUUUUCUGCUAAGUAGCUGCUUGAAAAAGAUGAUAUCAGAGAAGAAGGUAAAGCUGGCUGCUGAGAAUCCAGAAAUGCAGAUUGAAGUUCCAGAACAAGGCAAAAGUAAAAGACACCAGGUUCAACAAAGCCAGCAGAAAAACAAUUCUAGUUUUCUAUCAAGAAAGAGCAAGAUUAAGAGAGCUGAUGAUGACUGUGUUUUUGGGACCAUAAAGGAAGAAGAUCUUUGAAGAAAAGUCUCACCUUAAAAAUAACAUUCUGGGGCCUGGGAAGGUGGCUCAGUGGUAGAGCGCUUGCCUUGCAUGCAUGAGGCCCUGGGUUCGA